CUAGUCAGACUGAAGUAUUUUACACAUAGAGCUCCAAAUGGAUAAUUCAUCAUCCAUUUGUAUACAAACAUUAAUAGACAAUAUUAUAUUGUAUUUAAGUGGUAAUGCUUGCAAAAACAUUUCGAUUAUUAAAGUAAGCAAUGACAAUUUAUCAACAAAUGGUGAAUUAUAUUUUUUACCUAGCCUUAAAGUAUGGAAAAGCACGUUGCAGGAUAAAAACACAUGCAGUGAGAAGUGCACAACAAUUUUUGAACAUUUCUUACACAUGCAUAGUAGCAAUAUAGACGUUAAGAUAGAUACAGAUGUUGCAAAACAGGUGUUACAGUCACUGAUAUCGUCUAGCCACAACUGGCAAAUAAAAAUAGAAAGAUACUUCCUAGAAAAAGAACGUGUUUGUUUAUUCUUGCAUCGUGCUCCGCUCGUAGCAAAUUCGAUCAAGACGGUUAUUGAUCUUGGACACAGUUUUGGCAGAAUCUCGUCGAUCGACAAAGUUUUUAAGUUUAAAGUACAACGGGACAAAGAGUCAGAGCUCACAACUACUAGAUUAUGCUUAAUACAAAGUGUCACUGAAAAUCUUUUGAAUCUACACGGUUGUAGAGUCGGGGAAGAAGAUUCCAGUUAUAAAUUAGUAUUCACCACUAAAUCCAAAGGAAACGCGGAUGAAACUUAUAAAAAAUACGUGUGCGGUGUUGUGAAAAAUUUAGAAUCAAAUGCUAAGGAAACAAAGUUAAAAUGGGAGGAUUAUAUUCAGAAUAAGAGUAACGAACUGAAAGCAAUGAACGAUCAAAAGAAUUUUGAAACGCACGAUUGCAAUGUACAGAUAGAUAAUCAUUUCUUUGAGAAUGUUGCGAAAGCAACAGCUACGUUUGAAUUACUGUCUAUAAAACCGAGUCGUUCGGUUGUUAUUGGACAUAAUUCUGCACCUGAUAAGGGCACCACGAAUAUGAAAGGUGCAUCUUUUAUAUUGUAUAAUUCUGUAAGAAUAAAUGCCAUCAUUGAAAAAUAUAAUGGUAAAAGAUUAACAGGAGAAUAUCCCGAUUUACCAAAUAUCCACGAUGUAGACUUUACUUUGUUGCAUCAAGAGGAAGAAUGGGAACUUAUCUAUAACUUUAUCAUCGGGUACCAAGAAAUGAUAAAGGACUGUUUGAAGUAUGAACCCGUUUUUCAAACAAACCCACAGGCUAUAUGCAUGUUUUUGUCAAGACUGUGUCAAAAAUUUAGUAUCUAUUAUCGUAAAAUCAGAAUUUUAACUGAUGCAUAUGAUCAUUUGAUCCCGACAAUGAUUGCAAGAUUGUACAUGCUGCAUGCAUUGCAAAUUGUACUUCAAAAUGCACUUGCAUUACUUAAUAUAGUUCCUGUAUCUCGAAUGUAAUAAAAAGCAAUUAAAACAAUUUUAAUAUAAAAAUCAAAAUGAUA